CCACGGGGUUCGCAUUCAAACUGACCAGCGGGUCUGCGCGCACACCGUCCUCUCCGCAUCUACCACCGAGCAGCAGCUGAACAGAAACCGGUGCCGAGCCUGGUGAAGAAGAGGAGGAGGAGUAGGGAGGAGGUGGCGUCUCUCCUCAGUUCACUGUGACUCAGCAAGGGUUUGAACCUGUCAGCAGCCUCCAGCCUGGACUACCUGCCCACAAUCUUCAAGCCAAACUGAAUCUGCCAGCCCCACACCUCGCUGUCCUCCACCUUCUCUGCUCCGGUCCAUAGUGCCAUGGCAUUCACCCUGUCAGAGAUCAUGGCAGCGAGACGGCAGCAGUCGCAGGCUCAGUUGCAAGCCCAGCGAGGCAACAGGACAGCAGUGGAAGUGGACGAAUACAGCACCAACCCUACUCAGGCCUUCACCUUCUACAAUAUCAACCAGGGACGCUUCCAGCCGCCACAAGUCCACAUGGUGGACCCGAUGCCCCACGACUCGCCCAAGCCGCCCGGCUACACCCGCUUUGUGUGCAUCUCCGACACUCACUCCCGCACCGACAGCAUCCAGAUGCCGUACGGAGACGUUUUCAUCCACGCCGGUGACUUCACCGAGCUGGGAUUGCCCUCUGAGGUCAAGAAGUUCAACGACUGGCUAGGUACCCUGCCCUACGACAUCAAAAUAGUAAUCGCCGGAAACCACGAGUUGACUUUUGACCAGGAGUUUAUGGCCGACCUGAUCAAACAGGAUUUCUACUACUUCCCCUCUGCCUCCAAGUUGAAGCCGGAGAAUUACGAGAACGUGCAGUCGCUGCUCACCAACUGCAUCUACCUGCAGGACUCCGAGGUCGUCGUAAGGGGAUUCAAGAUCUACGGCGCCCCCUGGCAGCCCUGGUACUACGGCUGGGGCUUCAACCUGCCUCGGGGUCAAGCUCUGCUGGACAAGUGGAACCAGAUCCCCGACAACACAGACAUCCUGGUCACACACUGCCCCCCACUGGGUUUCCUCGACUGGGUCCCGAAAAAGAUGCAGCGUGUGGGCUGCAUGGAGCUGCUCAACACCGUCCAGAGGAGAGUCAAGCCCAAGUUUCAUGUGUUCGGACACAUUCAUGAAGGUUACGGCAUGAUGACUGAUGGCACCACGACGUUCAUCAACGCCUCCGCCUGCACCGUAAACUUCCUGCCCAUGAACGCACCCAUCGUCUUUGACCUUCCUAACCCCAGGACCACAUGACUAGAGGAAGCUCCCCCCAAAACACCUGCCGGCAGUGAGGAAAAGGGAGCCAAGAAAGGUAGGUGAGGACGGUGGGUAGAGCGGAUCGACUGUGUAAAUACUCGGCACAAACGGUACAACCCGAGAGGUGGAACAGACUAAACGAGGGUCCUUUCCUCACGGUAUAAAUAUUAUUUUAUGUGCUAUCAUUUUUUCAUCUCAACAUUGCUUCAAAAGCAAAUGGACAAGCAAAGAGAUGCUUUUAUAUGCGGACAAAUGGACAUUUCUCUGUCCUCUUUUAAUGCACUGACAAUCUGAAGUGGCUCUCAGAGAGACGAUGUUGAUGAGCGGGAAAUGACCCAACACUUUGUCUACAUGAGACUUUUGGUUAAGCCAUGACUCUGGGGGAUUUUACCAGAACUUUUCUCCCUUAUCACUUUAAAAAUACAUUUCCUUAUUUCUCUUUCUUCCUCCUGUGUCUUUCCUCUCCUCGCGCCCGGAGCACGAUGGAGUGUGAUUUUUUUUGCCAAUGUGUGUGUAUGUGAGAUCAAAGUGACUGUGAGGGCAGCAAGAGGUCUCUGCUAAGGGCUGUGUGAGAGUUGGGGAGUCAGACAUGUUGACACGGCUCCCCUGAGCCUCAUUACAGCCCUCAUUAGCCUCUUAACCAGCCGAGAGGAGGACGCAGAGGAAACCACACGCAGCACUUCCUUCCCCCCCCAUUUUUUUUCUCUCCAUGUAGCUGCCCUUUCACCUUUUUCAACUCUUAUUUUAAUUUGUAUUCCUGUCAAUCGUUUCUGUUUUGAAUGACUACCACAACUUUUCAGCGGCGACUGAGCCACAUACAACGCAGAGGCUACAAGCUAAAUGCUAACGCUACGUGCUAAAUGCUUACAGACAGUCAUUCUGAGCCGUAGUGGUGACCCUCCCUUGUGUUGGGAGAGAUAAAACUUUGUAUCCUUUUUCAAGAGGAAUAAAGCUGUAACUACAUGUACUGUAACUGGUCAAUGUAAAUGUUCUCUGUCAGUGUAAAGAAGAAAAAAACUUGAAGAUUUUCUAAAAGAUUUCCAGGUUGUUGCUAUACUUUAAAAACACUUGUUAAUAUUUGUGGUUGUUGCAUUUCCUUUUGUCAGUUUCUUAGUAAUGUUAAUUCUUCUUAUGGUAUUUUCUUCUCUGUAAAGCUGCUCGGCCCCAUUUGGUGAUUAACAACUCUUUCAUGUCUCUUAAAAGUUUGUCUGUGUUUUCUUUUCUGUUUUUUAAAGAAGCUUUUCUUUUCUUUUUUCCUCCAUGUCUCUUAUUUCUGAAUAAGGUCGUUCUCAGUAAGAGUCUGUAUGUGCUUAGCAUAACAAGACCAUGUCAUACUUUGAUCUUCUUGUUCUCCGACAUUAUGUAUGAACGCUCCCUGGAGCUGCAGUUCACUCCCGCAGUCACUCUCGCUCCUCAGCACAUCAGUAUUCAUUGUGCCAGCUGAUGUCUGAAUGAUUCCAAAUAGGCAAACGAGGAAAGAGCAGAUUUUCUCAGAACCAAUUUGUGUGGAUAACGGGGUAGGUGCGUGCGCUUGUUCACGUGUUUUAUUUUAAAAUUGAGGACAUUUCUGCAGAUUUUUUUAAUGGGAUGACUAAUAUUGCACAUUUGAGGCAAAAAAAGAAAAAUGGGCCAAUAAGUUUUUUUAUUUCAUCAAAAAUAAACGCUUCAGUCAAAUUCUGUCUGUUGCUAUAGCACUAACACAAAGGGACCGUUAGUUAAUAAAUGCUAAAACAAAAAGUGAAAUACAUAUAAUAGUUUUUAAAAACUGUUAUGCCAUUUGCUUCUUUUAAUUAUUCUAAUAAAACACAAACAGUGCUUUAACAAGAUCACUAAUCUUGAUAGUGUCACUACUUUUUGUUAUUGCUGUUAAGCUUCAAAUCUGCAGAUUCUUCACAUUAAUAGUCCUCUAGAAAAGUGUUUAUGGAAUUAUCGAUGGUUGGAACAAAAAACUAUCUCCGCUCAACACUUCAAUAGUUAGUAAGAAACAAACAGUUGCACCAUUUUCUCGCUUAUUUCCUCUUGGUCACUAAUUGGUUUUGGUGAAUCAGAAAAACAAGUUUCUGUUUGUUGAAUGCUGGCAGAAAAUAUCAUUAGGAUCUACGAUUUGAGGCAUGAAGUUGGGAGCCUUUAAAAAUGAUAUGCAUUAAUACUUACUGAAUGUUGCCAGUGGGAUUGUGUACAAGCACAACAUUGGGUACUGUAUGUGUGUUUGUGUGAGUGUACAAGGAGAAGAAGUGCUCAUUUAAAACACAACCUUAAUUAAUGUCUACGAAGGAAAAUCUCUCAAAAAGGGAAUAAAGGGAACAGUUGAAAACCAAAAGAUGGGAGGAGCUUUCAUCUCAGUUUCAUGAAAAGCUUUCUGUUUGGUCCCACUUCCACUUCCAGUCCUCAUUUAGAUGUCUCACUUUGAUGCUCUUCUGCUUCAGUAGCCUUGUUAUGUGUUUCCUGUUUUUUCCAAGAAAAAAAAAAAGUGCUGUACUAUUUCUUAAAUUUCUUUCUUGAGGCAUGCUUAAAGGAGUUAAUGACUUCUGCUUCUCAGACAAUCUGCAUAUGAAUAGUUUUGUUCCAAAAUGAGAUAUAUCUCUUUGAAAAAAAGGGACGCCUACACACAAAAAGGGACGCCUACACAGGCAGAAUGAUUGACAGCUAAAACUUUAAAGCGGUUUGUGGUGAUACUUUUUAAAGCAUCAUUAGUACCUUCUGUUUAGCAGCUGGAUCUUCCAUAUUCCAACUAUACCUGAUCGAACGUCCAGUGUUUUCUUUAAAUGGAUGUGUUGCAUUUUGGAAUAAAGGUGUUCAUAUGGUGUUGUGUAUUGCCAUGGUUGUUGGGGAUUUCUUUUUUAAUAAUGUACACAAGAAAAUGACCCAACCGUGGGAAAACGGUACUAUGUUGCUCCUGGAGACAACUCUAAAAAUGUAAAGUACCUCUCUUUCUUAAAACCAUAAGGAUUCUGCUGGU